CCAGCCACGGCCGCAGCAGUUGCACAGUCAGGAAAGGAAGCCUGUUCACAAGUCCAGAAGGAUGGGAGCAACGUGAAUUUCCUACUAACACAAAAAGGAGUUUGAAUAGAUAUCAGUUUGUGCAGAGAGGAGGGGGGGCAAGGAUUUGACAUGACAGCAGAUCUUUUUUUCACUUCUUUUAGUAGAGGGCUGUUUAAACAGAGCUGGACCUCACUCAUUCACCUAUUAAUACUGAACUUCAGUUGCCUGCAGAAGACCUGUAGGACAUUUUAAUUUCAUGGAUAUAAAGAAGAAUGCUAGUUUGAAAAUCUCGUGCCUUGGCUGUAAUAUUCUUUUGCUGUUCAUGGGUUUUGGUUUAGUGGAACAAAGUUCUUGUUGCCCUAAAUAUUGCAGCUGUGAGCACCUGUCAGUUAAUUGUACUGGUAGAGAUUUGGAAAACUUUCCAAUGGGCAUCCCUAUGGACACCAGGCAGGUCAUCCUCUCCCAUAACAACCUGACAUACUUGCCAUCCGUUGACCUCAAUCUCUUGAUUGACCUGGUGUAUUUGGACUGCAGCUAUAAUUUUCUUGGAGAUUCACUAGAAUCCACGUUUAUUGCCUUGCCGCUAGUUUACUUGGACCUUAGCCAUAACAACAUUACCAAAAUCACCUCAAGCACAUUCUAUCUGUUGACCAACCUUGUCGUUCUAAAGCUAUCAGACAACCCUAACCUUGAGGAGAUUGAGAAGGACUCCUUCGCCAAUAACUCUGGACUUCGCCAGCUUGAUCUCAGUCGGACGGCUCUAACCUACAUAGACUUGAGUACGAUUAGCCAACUGCCAAGUUUACGGACACUAGGCCUCAGUUCCAACCCCUGGGAUUGUUACUGUCCCAUGAAGGAAUUACUGGAAUGGGUGAGGGAGUCCAACGUUUAUUUCUUAGAUGAAGAUAACGUGACCUGUAGCACUCCGCUUCAUCUCCAUGGCUUGCUGCUGAAGGAUACUGAAAAACACAUAAGGCUGAUGUGCUUCACAAACCUUUAUGAGAGGGACUACAUCUUCCUCAUGUUGGUGGGUUUCGUUAUCUUUGGUUCUGGGACGGUGGUGGCUUGGUUGACUGGCGUUUGCAUCGUUAUCUAUGACCGUCUAUGUGGCCACAGUGAGGAUGAUGAGAAUGAGGUAGAUGACGAACCUCUGCCCCCACCAAAGCCCAAGAAAAAGGAUGAUUCAGAAAUCUAAGCAGGUGCACAUGUGAAGAUGCCAACCAUCUCUUUUUUAUGUGAAGAAUCAAGACUAGGAACAUGUAAACUGGCCGUUUAGAAGGCGAGAAAGCCAAUGCUUGGAUUUUCAUUAAAAUUGCUGGAUUGGUCCAGAACAUGAGCUUGGUGUAAUAGAACUGAUUCUUGGGGUUCGAGCUACUUUGUAAAACUAAGGUUUUUUGAGGUUGCUAAUGUCAUUGUACCAACUGGUAGCCUCAUUUUCCAAGAACACAGGAGAAGGCGCCAUUUUAGUUCCUCUUCAUGUUUGGGCUAAAAUAUUUAUGAUGGACUAAGCCAGAUGUACUAUCAAUUCAUAGAGCUCUUGCAGAGCUGAUUCAGUAAAGCAAGAGGAAGCUCUCCAAAAAAGAGACCAUCAGAUACCAUAGGAACUUGAUAGGUUUCUUGAAAUUUCUUUCAUUUCUUUCAAAGUGAAUUUUGGUUAUUGAGCUAAGGUAACAGUGGGGUCAUAGUGAGGUAACAGUGAUGUAACCGUGGGGUAACAGUGGGGUAACAGUGAUGUAACAGUGAGGCAACAGUGAGGUAACAGUGGAGUAACAGUGAGGUAACAGUGGGGUAACUGUGAGGUAACAGUGGGGUAACAGUGAGGUAACACUGAGGUAAAAGUGAGGUAACAGUGAGGUAACAGUGAGGUAACAGUAGGGUAACAGUGAGGUAACAGUGGGGUAAUAGUGAGGUAACAGUGGAGUAACAGUGAGGUAACAGUGGGGUAACAGUGGGGUAAUAGUGAGGUAACAGUGAGGUAACAGUGGGGUAACACUGAGGUAACAGUGAGGUAACAGUUAGGUAACAGUGGGGUAACAGUGAGGUAACAGUGAGGUAACAGUGGGGUAACAGUGGGGUAACAGUGGGGUAACAGUGAGGUAACAGUGGGGAUGGAUACAGUUGUGUCUUUCUCUACGCAAGAAGGGUUUUGAUAUCAUCAUGAAAAUACUGCAUGAUACAAAGUCGGAGAGUGUUUUAUAUUUGAACAAUGUGUUCAAAUGUAGUCAAAAUCAGUUUUAAGUCUUCCACUUAAAAGAUUUAUAUUUAGAGAAAUGUUUACAGUGAUCUAAACCUAGUUAAAGAAAAAAUUCAAUGUGAAAAGAAAUUUAAAAAAUGCAUUUUGUUACUAGAAUGCUUCUUUAAAUGUUAAACGUCUGUCCUCAAAUUAUUUCUUCUUUAUUGUUAAUGUCAUUUCACAGCUGUUUAAAGGGACAUAAAACUCCCAAAAAUGAUUUCAUGAUUCAGAUAGAGUGUAACAGUUUUAAAAACUUUCCAAUUGACUUAUUUUAUAAAAUGUACUUCAUUCUCUUGGUAUCCUUUGGUGAAAAGCAGGUAGGAAGGUGUAAGAGGAGGAGGGUGCAUGUAACUGGAGCAGUAAAUGGCAGCUGAUUCAUAACUGUUAUAUAUUUGCAAAAACAGUAGGGUGGUAGCAGUGUUUCCUGUUAUGUACCGCUCUAGAAAUGUACUUAUCUAGAUAUCUCUUCAACAAAGAAUACCAUGACAACAAAGUAAAUUUUAUAAUUGAAGUAAAUCAGAAAAAAAAAUGUUUAAAGCUGUAUGCUCUGUUGAAAUCAUGAAAGAAAAAAAAUUAGGUUUCAUGUCAGCAGCCCACCUGUUCCAUAAUGUAACAAUGAAAACACAAUUAAAUUCUUGUUGAUUAACUAUA